GGGAGCGAUGAGGUUAUUACUGGUACUUGGACUUCUACAAUUGGCAUUCGGCCAGCUUUACUAUCAGCAACAGCGAAUUCCCCAGCGACCCAUGAUGUAUCCAGUAAGAACGAAUUGCCAAUACGUCUGGUGCAGUCAAAAUCGCUAUAGGUGGAACUACAGACCAACAGCGAUCACUGAGGAACCACCAACGCCACCUCCAGAGACAAGUUCAGAAAUUUCCUCUACAACAAGAUUUCUUCGUCCUGAACGCAAGCAGAAUAAGAAAUUCGAAAACCCGUGCACUUUGGGUAAACCAUUAUUGAAUGAGUUUAACACUCCCAUCACGGAUACUGGCGAAGGUAAUGAACUUGUGGCUAGAUGGUAUUACGAUAGGCAGAAUAAGCAAUGCCGUCGCUUCUUGUACAAAGGAAUUCGUGGGAAUGCGAACAAUUUCGUCACUAAAACUCAGUGUGUUGAUGCGUGCGAGACAGAAAUGCUUAGCUUAACGAUUGCAGCAUCAAGAGAAGAUCGCUCAAAUCCAUGUCGCAUUGGCAAUCCUGCUGUUCAUAAGAAUCAGUCGCUAAUACUAUGUGGACCCAACGAUGCAUCGAGUUGUCCAAGACAUCAUUACUGCCAUUUGGGAGAAAAUCCAGAAACUACAGCUUGCUGCGAAUCUAGCGGAUAUGGCAUCAAUUUUGCGAUUAUAUCGAAAAAGUUUUACUACAACACUUUCUCCAAGAGAUGCACAGAAUUUGUUUACCGAGGAAUGAAGGGAAAUGAGAACAACUUCUUAACGAUGGAACAGUGUCAGGAAGUGUGUCAGAAAUGGACUAACCCUUGCCCUACUGAAAGCUUUGCAUCAAGAAAGGAAUGCUCUAGCAAUGGAACGGAAUGUGGAUCUAGGACUAAAGGAAAUCAAAAUAAUUUCUUGACUAAAACAGCGUGCGAAAGCAAAUGCAAACGUGAGCGGGCUAUAAUUACGAAAAAAAUCUAUUUACUGCUAAUUUGCAGUCUUAAGUCACCCUGUGGUUCUGGAGAAAUGUUGAUGACACCAUUGCACGAGCCCCGAAUGUGCAGCCCAACCUCGCCAUGUCCACAAUCGCACUGGUGUCAUGUUGGCAUCACGCCAGAGCUUACUGUUUGCUGUUCAACAAUGCCGAAUACAUGCGAGAUGCCGAUGAUGAAAGGUCAUGGGAACUCUUAUCUUACGCGAUGGCAUUUUGAUAACUCCCAGAAGAGAUGCGUCAAGUUCAUCUACAGCGGUGAAGGAGGAAAUCAGAACAUGUUCCUCACACAAGACGACUGUGAAGCCAUUUGUCCAGUAUACGAGAAUCCGUGCGGAAGCGGAAAGCCAUUGCUAGUUGGCAAUGUGCCUAAAGUGUGCAGUCCUGCUCAACGCUGUCCUUCGACACAUUUCUGUCACAUUGGGGAGACGCGUAGAUGCCGCGAGUUCAGCUACCAAGGCAGUAAGGGUAAUGCGAAUAACUUUUUGACUAUGGAAGACUGCGAACUGGUGUGUCCAGUGUUACCAAACCCUUGCAAGGUUGGAGAACCUUUGCUAAAUGCUCUCAAAGAACCCAUAAUUUGCGGAGGUGAAGACUCUUGCAUCAAUGGAUACUGGUGUCACGUGGGAGGUAGUCCAGAAACCACAAAUUGUUGUCCUGGAACGCGACGACCAUGCGACCUACCACUGGAAACUGGAAAGGGAUCGGAAACGCUUGAGCGAUGGUUCUAUGACGGAGGUAUUCAAGCUUGCCGACAAGCAUGCAAAGGUAGGUUAGAAACCCGAAAGCUCCUUGUUCUCACGUUAACUACAAAAUUCACAGAGCUAAACCCGUGCGGUUCCGGCGAGCCGCUGAUUGGCAAAGACGAUGAAAGAGUGCUUUGCACUGGAGGACAAAAAAUUGACAGUUGUCCUAGUGCCAGUCCACGUGCAGUGAGGCUUGUCCAGGUAAAGAUGUCAAUUUCUAUGAGCAGUAAGGAUAUCCAAAGAUUCAUUUCAGUAUAUCGCAAUUACUGUCCUCAUGGAAUUCCUUUAAUUGAAAGCGGACAAGUGAAAGCCUGUGGAAUCGAUAGAGGAUGUCCAGAUGGUUUCAUAUGUCAUAUGAGCACAGAAUUCAAUGUGUCUAUAUGCUGUCAGGAUCCUGUGGACUUCUGCUCGGCACCACGGGAUCCAGGGCCAUGCACCAACUAUGAAACCCGUUAUGGGUACAACCCAGCAACAGAUACUUGCGUUGAAUAUGAAUAUGGAGGUUGCGACGGUACGCUGAACAAUUUCCGCUCACUUCAAAGGUGUACAGAGAUCUGUUGCAAAGAAUAUAAACGAAAACUUUGAAC